GGCGCCUGGUUGUCAAUGCCUGCUCACCUCGCGACCUUUCCAUUCCUCUCCACGACCAUGCACCAAGCACGAAUCCGCAGUCGCGCUCGUUUUUUGCAUCUCAUUGCGGUGGUCGGAAUCUGCAUCAUAUCAUGCAGGAAGCUGCAGAGCGGGAAAUGGAACACACACGACUCCCUCCCCGUAGAGCGAGCCCGUAGUGUUUGCGACAGCAGCGAGUUUGCAUUCAAAGCAGCGGGGUGA